GGCUCCCCGCCCCCCGCGCGCCCCGCCGCCGUUCCCGUUCCCAUUCCCGUUCCGAUUCCCCUCACGUCCGCUGCCCGCCCCGGCGCGCUUGCUCCGCCGCUCCGACAUGGCCAGCACCUUCGCCCGCGCUCUCUCCGCUCGCCGCUCCGCCGGCCUCCUGGCCAUGGUGGGCGCCGGCUCUCUCGCCGCCGGCUUCCUACUCGCCCGGGACUCGGUCAGCGCGGGCGACCGUCAGCGUCGGCGAUACCCGCCCAGCGCUGAGUACCCUGACCUGCGGAAGCACAACAACUGCAUGGCCAGCAACCUGACGCCAGCCAUCUACGCCAGGCUCUGUGACAAGGCAACCCCAAAUGGCUGGACCUUGGACCAGUGCAUUCAGACUGGCGUCGACAACCCUGGCCAUCCCUUCAUCAAGACUGUGGGCAUCGUAGCUGGUGAUGAAGAGACCUAUGAGGUGUUUGCCGACCUGUUUGACCCUGUGAUUCAGGAGCGGCACAAUGGAUACAACCCCCGCACCAUGAAGCACGUCACAGACCUGGACGCCACAAAGAUAAAGUUUGGCCAGUUUGAUGAGCGCUAUGUGCUCUCGUCCCGGGUCCGGACUGGGCGCAGCAUCCGUGGCCUGAGCCUGCCGCCAGCCUGCACCCGUGCCGAGAGACGAGAGGUGGAGAAAGUGGUUGUGGAUGCACUGAGUGGCCUCACCGGGGACCUGGCGGGCCGGUACUACCGCCUCAGCGAGAUGACCGAGAACGAGCAACAGCAGCUCAUUGAUGACCACUUCCUCUUUGACAAGCCGGUGUCCCCGCUCCUGACAGCAGCAGGAAUGGCUCGGGACUGGCCUGACGCCCGAGGGAUCUGGCACAACCACCAGAAGACCUUCUUGAUCUGGAUCAAUGAGGAGGACCACACACGUGUCAUCUCCAUGGAGAAGGGGGGCAACAUGAAGCGUGUUUUUGAGCGGUUCUGCCGGGGCCUAAAGGAGGUGGAGCGGCUAAUCCAGGAGCGAGGCUGGGAGUUCAUGUGGAAUGAGCGGCUGGGUUACAUCCUGACCUGCCCCUCUAACCUGGGCACGGGGCUGCGAGCGGGUGUCCACAUCAAGCUGCCACUGCUCAGUAAGGACAGCCGCUUCCCUAAGAUCCUAGAGAACCUCCGGCUACAGAAGCGUGGGACGGGUGGUGUGGACACUGCAGCCAAAGGCGGCAUCUUUGACAUCUCCAACCUGGACCGUCUGGGGAAGUCAGAGGUGGAACUGGUGCAGCUGGUGAUCGACGGUGUGAACUACCUGAUCGACUGUGAGCGGCGGCUGGAGAAGGGGCAGGAUAUCCGCAUCCCCUCGCCGCUGCAGCAGUUCCGGCACUGAGGGGGCCAUGGCAGCGCCAGCGCUGUGGGACCCAGGUCCCCCUGUAGCUUGUGCGAUCUCUGUGCCCAGCAUGUCGCUGCAUCCUGUAACCCACAAUGCGUCAGGUCAGACCCCAUAAACAUGUGCUGCUGUA